AUAAAGGAAAUAGAGCGGCGGUGGAGGAAGCAACAAAAAUCCCUAAAGUUAAAAAGAGAGUGCCAAGAAGAGGAGAAAUAAGGGUUAAAGUAGCAGUAGGAUCAUCAUCGGUGCUGGGUAAGAGGAAAAAUGAAAAUAGGGAGGACAUUCGAGAUGACAUAGAGGUGGAGGAGUUACCAAUACUGAAAAACAAGGUGAGAUCACUAACAGUAAUACAAGAAUGUCUCCUACCCCUAAUGAUCCAAAAGCAGGCUCUAGUUUCCAGUCCUGCCUAUCAUCAUGAAAAUUUUGAGUUGGAACUGCCAAGGGAUUGGGCAUCCUCAGACAGGUCAUACACUUCACGAUGUUGUGAAGACCCAAAAGCAUGA